AUGUUCAAAUACGUAGCUAUUGUUGCUCUGCUGUUCGCCUCCGCCAGCGCCGGCCUCAUUGAGACCCAUCAUGUGCUGCACGAGCCCGUUCUGGCCAAGGUGGGCACUGUGGUGCACAGCGCACCCUCGGCUGUCUCCCACCAGAGCAUCACCCAGGUGCACAGCAAGCCUGUCGUCCAACAUGUCGUAGCUCCAGUUCUGAAGACCACCAUCCAUUCCGCUCCAGCUGUGGCUGUUCAUUCCGCUCCAGCUGUGGCUGUCCAUGCCGCUCCUGUGUACCAUGCUGCUCCUGUGGUGCCCGUUGUCCACUCCGCUCCGUUGAUCAAGUCUGUGGUGCACACAGCUCCUUUGGCUUAUACUCUGCAUCAUUAG